CCUCCUGAAACUCAGUCAUUUCACAAGAAAAUGUUUCAAAUUAAAGAACUCCACAAUUCAGCAGCCGAUAAUUUAAAAAAUAAAGAAGGAAUCGGCCUUAUUAAUCUUUAUCCUUUGGACAAGAUUCCAGUUACCAUACCAAAAUCAUGGACAUUUAAGCCAACUUGUAUGCCAGUUCACUACCAAAUUCGAGCAGAGGAUUAUGCUAACUUCGAAGUUCGGGAAGAUGAUAUUUGGAUUAUUACAUAUCCAAAAUGUGGAACUACUUGGACACAAGAAAUGACAUGGAUGUUAAUGAACGAUUUGAAUUUUGAUAAAUCAAAUUCAAUUGAUUUAUUACAAAGAAGCAUAUUUUUUGAAAUGGAAGGAUUAGUUCCCAUAGACACUUGGAAAAAUAUUGAACUACUAAACAAUCAAGAGUCUCCAAGAGUCAUAAAAUCUCAUUUGCCAAUUGGAUUACUUCCCAGAGAUAUUUGGCGAAAAAAGUGUAAAAUAAUAUAUGUCACAAGAGAUCCCAAAGAUAUGAUUGUGUCAUUCUAUCAUCAAUUCAAUGGUAUUCUACCAUGUAAUACUACUAUCGACGAAUUCGUAGAAUGCAUUUUAACAGAUAACAUGAUGUAUUGUUCAUAUUGGAACCAUGUUCUUGAAUUUUGGUUGAUUCGAGAGCAAUCAAAUAUUCUAUUCUUUACCUACGAAGACAUGAAAAAGGACUUGAAGGCGAUCAUAGGAAAAACAUCGAAAUUCCUCAAAAAAGAUUACACUGAAGAGCAGAUAAAUCUGCUGAUGAAACACUUGUCGUUUGAAAAUAUGAAAGCUAGUUCAACAUGUAAUAAUCAAGACCACAUAAGAGUCCUGCACGCUGCAUACAAAGUUGAUUAUGAUGAAAAAAAAGCAUUCAAAUUCAUGAGAAAAGGACUUGUUGGAGAAUACAAAAAGGAAUUGUCACAAGAUUGUAUAGAAAGGAUCAAUGCAAAGACCAAAGAAAGUUUUGAGCCAUACGGGCUCGAUUUAUACUGUGGGUAAUGGGAUCUAUGAAAUACAUAAGUUUUUAAAUAAAAUAGAAAAUGUUUCAAAAUGUGA